AUGAAAAUCCUCUGUGUCGCAGAAAAACCGUCAAUUGCAAGGGCAAUCUCAGAUAUUCUCGGUGGAGGGAAAGUACACAUAAGAGAAACAAAAGAUGUUUAUAACAAAAACUAUGAUAUUCGCUUUAAAUUUAAUUUCAGCUGGGGUGACAGUUCAGUCACUAUUACUUCUGUUAGAGGGCACUUAAUAGAAUGGGAAUUUGAAGAAAAAUUUAAGAAAUGGAAUUCAUGUAAUCCUUUAAAUCUAUUUGAAGCAAAAAUUAUCCCAACAGUCAAUAAAGAUAUGAAAAACAUUCAUGAUAAUAUUUUAAAAGAAAGCCAAAAUGCACAUGGUCUUUAUAUUUGGACAGAUUGUGACAGAGAGGGUGAAUAUAUUGGAACAGAAAUUGUCAAUAUAGCACGGAAAGCAAACCCAAAAAUAGAGGUAAAACGCGCACAUUUCAAUAAUCUCGAAAGAAUGCAUAUCAUAAAAGCAGCCCAUCGACCGUUCGAUAUCGAUCAAAAACAAGUCAAUGCAGUCGCUGCACGUAUAGAAUUUGAUUUAAAAACAGGAUCAGCCUUUACACGGUUUCAAACUUUGUCAUUACAAAGUUUUGAGCCUUUAGCAAAAGAAAUAAUUAGCUAUGGAUCUUGUCAAUUUCCAACUCUUGGCUUUGUCGUUGAUAGAUGGAAACGAGUUGAAAAUUUUGUUUCUGAAAAAUUUUGGUCUAUCAAAGUCAUAUGUUCUUAUAAUAACAAUCAAAUAUCAUUUAAUUGGAAAAGAAUAAGGCUUUUUGAUAAGCUUUCCGUAUUUUUAAUAUAUGAGAAUUGUCUUUUAUUCGAUAAGGCAAAAGUUAUAAGCGUAGUACGAAAGCCAAAGAGUAAAUUACCAUACCCACUUACUACUGUUGAACUUCAGAAAAGAGGGACUAAAUACUUAGGAAUAUCUUCAAAAGAUAUAAUGACGAUAGCAGAAACUCUUUAUACAAAAGGUUUCAUAAGCUAUCCAAGGACGGAAACAGACCAAUUUGACGAUGAUAUAGAUUUACGUAGCUUAAUUGAAAAACAAGUAAAUGAUGAACAAUGGGGUAACUAUGCUCAAAAUUUAUUAAAUGAAAAAUUUUGCCACCCUAAGAAAGGAAAAAAUAAUGAUAAAGCACAUGCCCCAAUCCAUCCUGUAACCUAUGUAAAAAAAAAUUCGUUAAAAUCUGUAAAUGAACAUAAGGUUUACUCUUUUAUCGUUAGGCAUUUUCUAGCAUGCUGUUCUCAAGAUGCAAAAGCAAAGCAAACAGUAAUUGUUAUACAAUGGGGAGAGGAAUUUUUUUCCACAUCAGCUCUUAUUAUUUUAGAAAAUAAUUACCUAGAUAUUUAUUUAUAUGAAAAAUGGAAUUCGUCUGUUUCUUUACCAGAUUUUAACCAAGGAGAAAUGAUAGAAUUGGAUUAUACCGAAAUGAUAGAAGGAAAGACAGAAUCACCAGGGCAUUUGACGGAAUCAGAAUUAAUCAACUUGAUGAAUAUUAAUGGAAUUGGGACAGAUUCUACUAUAGCAGAGCAUAUUCAGAAAAUCCUUGAUCGAAAAUAUGUAUUUAAACAAUCUAAAAAUAAAAAUAAAAAAAGUCAAAAUAACACAAUUUAUGAAUUUAUACCUAGUACAUUGGGUAUAGCAUUAGUAGAUGGUUACGAUAAAAUUGGUUUUGAUCAAAGUUUAGCUAAACCUUUUCUACGAAAAGAAAUGGAAUUAAAAUUAAAAAAUAUAUGCGACGGAAAAUCCUCAAAAGAAGAAUUUUUAAAAGAUAUUAUUAGUCAAUACAAAAACUUAUUUAUUAAGGCAAACCAGAAAGUUGAUAUUUUGAAAGAGGUAGCUAACAUUCCUUGA